AUGCUGAAGAUGAAGCUGCCGCCGAGGAAGAGCAGCAAGCACAAGGCGUUGGAUGAAGAGGAGGACGACGAGGAAGAGCGGGGGAUGUGUUCCCGUCCUUGUGCCCCCCUGACCGGGCCGGCCCCGCUCCAGCGGGAGUCCGUAUACGAGUGGUUCGUGCAGUCGCUGGGCCCGGCUCAGAGGUUGGAGUUCGCCUGCGGCUUGCUGGACUUGUGCAAUCCGCUGGAGCUGCGCUUCCUGGGCUCGUGCCUGGAGGACCUGGCCCGGAAAGACUGUCAUUACCUGCGGGACUGUGAGAGCAGGGCCAACGGGCCGGCCGGAGAACCGGGGUUGGGGGACCUAAGCGACCGCACCGCCCGCUCCAAGCUCAUCGUCUACCUGGCGCUGCUCAGCUCCGAGAACCGGGAGGUGGCCGGCCGCCUCUACCGCCUCCUACUACUGCCGGCCAUGGGGACGGAGCGCCUGCUGGGGUGCCGGGAGGACGGAGAGCGAAAGCCGGGGGAGCUGGCGGCUUCUCGGGAGGAAUUGCUGCUGCUGUUUACUAUGGCAUCCCUCCACCCGGCCUUCUCCUUCCACCAGAGGGUCACCCUGCGGGAACGUCUGGACCAGUUGCGGGAGGCCAUGUGCAGGAAGGGAAACCUACAGGAAUACUUGCCAAAUCAGGAGAAACGUGUUGUAGAUGGCAGUAUAGGUACUUACAAUGGCGUUAAUGCUACAUCUCAUAGCCUUCAACAAGAAGCAGUACACAUCAAGAACAUCAGUUUUAAAUAUGUGCAGCGGAGGAGAGCUGAAAAAACACUCAGAAUAUACUUUUGAGGUGACCUGGUCCGAUAACUCCAAAACUUCAGUAACAAAGUCAUAUCGGGAGUUGGCGGAAUUCCUGUUAAUGCUUCCAAAGGAGUUGUCCAAUGAACAUUUUGAUAAUACUAUAAUAGAUGCCUUACACCUAGGAAAAAGGAGAGAGGAUCAUCAGUGUUCAGACUUGGAGCCUAUAGUACAGCAAAUAUUUUCAUCCCCGUCCCAGGCGCUCCUGCAGAAUAGGAGAGUGUGCAAGUUCUUCCAUAUUGUGCGG